AUGAAUAAAAAACCUCAAAGAACUGGUCCAAGGAUUCGGAUAACGAGACCAGCUAACAGAAUUAAGAAAGAGGAGUCCAUACAGCUUCUAGAUGAGAAGAAAUACAUAUACACCUGUCAGUAUUGUAGAGUAAAAUUCACUCAAAAUACUCAAUAUUUCCGCCAUAUGACGUCGAACCAUCGGACACAACAGCAAGAAGCUACUUUCGAAUGCAACGAAUGCCAAAUGGUGUUCAAUAAGAAGAAUAACUUGGAUAUACAUUGCCAGACAAACCACCAAGUGAAAAGCAAAUCUAAAUGUGAAAGUUGUGCCAUCACGUUCAAAUCGCGAUAUUGUUUACGUAGACACAUCAAGUUGAAGCAGAUCCUCGCUGAGAACUCCUGCCUGAAGUGCCAGAAGAAGUUUAUGUGUAAAGACGACCUCGCCAAACAUGUGACGAACAAACACACAUACAAGAACGUAACCUUUGAGUGUGAAUACUGUCUUCUUAAAUUCAAAGCGAAGCAGUCUCUACUCACGCAUUUGAAUCGUAUACACAAGAGAUUAUGA